CAGUAUGCGCCCGCGCACCUUACGAUCAAGUCUUGUCUUAUAAGACUUAUAACGUGAUUUUAUACUUAUCUGUUUUAUUUAUAUUUACAUAGGUAUUAUAAACAAUUUUCGUGCAGUGAUAUGUGAAUUGUGUAAUAAUGGAUAGAAUCAAUUUUACUAUCAAUGGCGAAAGAUUUUCUUUGACCGGCACAGAAGUGAGUCCACAAACCUCGCUGAACGACUACAUCCGCAACUACCUUCAGCUGCAUGGCACAAAGGCGAUGUGCUACGAGGGGGGGUGCGGCGCCUGCGUGGUCUCCGUGGCACAGGCCCAUCCUGUCACCAAGGAGAAGCAUAUCUUUGCUGUUAAUUCUUGCCUAGUCCACAUUCUGUCAUGCCACGACUGGGACAUAACGACCGUGGAAGGCGUUGGGAACAGAAAGGAUGGGUACCAUCCCAUCCAGGACCGUUUAGCUUCUUUCAACGGCACCCAAUGUGGGUACUGCACCCCGGGAUGGAUCAUGAAUAUGUAUAGCCUCAGUAAAGCCAAAAAGGAUCUCACGACAAAAGAAGUGGAGGACUCAUUCGGGGGGAACAUGUGUCGAUGUACUGGAUACCGGCCGAUCCUCGAUGCUUUCAAGAGUUUCGCCACAGAUACCGACCCUGGGCUGCAGAACAAGUUACAGGACUUAGAAGACCUGCACAUAAGGAAAUGCGCCAGGAAAUGCACUCGCAAGUGCAGCUCAUCUGAUGACGAGUGGUGCAUCAUAGAAGACAAACAAGGAUCACUGAUGCAACUGAACACAUCUGCAGGACGGUGGUACAAAGCGAAUACAGUACAGGAUAUAUUCAAGGUAUUAUCGCGUGAAGGUACAAACAGCUACAGGCUUGUCGCAGGCAACACUGGACGAGGAGUCUACCCCAUAAAACUAGAACCCAAAAUUCUCAUAGACAUAUCGACUAUAGAGAAUCUAAAACUGGCGCUAGCUGAUGAAAACCUGAUCCUGGGCGCUGGGAUGUCCCUCACCGAAGUUAUGAAGACCUUCAAGGAAUGGCCCAAGAAGAAUGCAGACUUCGGAUACCUGGCGACCCUGCAUGAUCACUUAGAUUUGGUGGCACACGUACCUGUAAGAAAUAUUGGAACAAUUGGAGGAAACUUGGCGAUGAAAAAUAAGCAUCCCGACUUCCCGUCGGACUUAUACCUGAUGUUGUUAGCCGUUGGAGCGACAGUCACUAUAGUUAGCAAGGACUUAAGUAAGGUUGAAGUGAAAAUGCAAGACUUCUUAAAAACAGACCUCAAUGACAAACUAAUAUUUGAUGUGAAACUACCACCCUUGUCAAAUACUACGAACAUCGUUAGAACAUACAAGAUAAUGCCUCGCGCGCAAAACGCUCACGCCAUAGUUAACGCAGGAUUUCUUUUUAAAAUAGACUGUGAUAAGAAAGUCACAUCCUGCAACAUUGUCUAUGGUAACAUUUGUCCUACUUUCACGAAAGCGACUGAGACAGAAAAGUUGCUGGUUGGUCAGAAGCUGUUUACCAAUGAGGUUUUAUUGAAAACAUUGAUGAACUUGUCACAGGAAGUUAUGCCCGUGGAGAUACCUCCUGAACCCUCUGCAAUUUGUAGGCAGACGUUAGCUUUAGGUCUAUUCUAUAAGGCAAUUCUCUCAGGGUACCCUGACGCUAACAAAAGAUACAAAUCUGGUGGCAGUAUAUUGAAGAGGCCGGUAUCUCACGGCACCCAAACUUACGAGACGGAUAAGACGUUAUGGCCCUUGAACCAACCGAUCCCAAAGCUUGAAGCUCUCUCACAGUGUUCAGGAGAAGCAACGUAUGCAUGUGACAUUUUCAGCGGUCCCCGCACCGUCCAUGUGGCAUUCGUACUGUCUGAUGUCUGUCGCGCUGAAAUAAUUGAGUUCGAUGUUAGUGAAGCCCUGCAAAUGCCAGGGGUCAUCGCCUUCUUCUCGGCCAAAGACAUUCCAGGGAGCAAUUCCUUCACUCCCACCGAAGUGCCAUGGAUGAUAGCUGCCGAAGAAAUCUUUGCGUCAAAGAACAUCUUGUACUACGGUCAGCCAGUGGGAGUUAUAGCUGCUGUAACCAGGAGAGCGGCCGAAGCUGCCGCGGAAGUCGUUAAAGUGAAAUACAAGAAGUUAAAUGAUAAACCAGUACUGAACAUCAGGGAUGCCUUGGAGGCCCAUGAUAAGGAAACAAGGCUACACAAAGAAGUAACAUUAGACCCUUCAAGAAGAGGCACAGACGUCCGACAUACGAUCAGUGGCUCAUUCUCAGUACCAGGCCAGUACCACUACACCAUGGAGCUUCAGAGCUGUGCCACUCAGGUCACGGAGAACGGCCUGGUGGUGAGGUCAGCUACCCAGUGGAUGGACCUCGUGCAGGUCGCUGUGGCUAAGAUGCUGGACAUGGAUGAGAAUCGCAUCCUAGUAGAAGUGCCCCGCGUAGGCGGCGGUUACGGCGGCAAGGCUUCGCGCUCGGCGCUGGUGGCGUGCGCCAGCGCACUGGUCGCGCACAAGCUCAACCGCGCCGCAGUACUCGUGCUGCCGCUGACGCAAAACAUGCAGGCUAUCGGCAAGAGGAGUGCCACUGAGUUCCAGUAUGAGUGCGGCGUAAACAGCGACGGCCUCAUCCAAUACCUGAACGUGACGUACUACAGCGACUGCGGGUGUUCCUUCAACGACUCGCCAGCUAGCAGUGUGGCAACUGUCCUGACUAACUUGUACAUGAGUGAUACUUGGAAGAUCGUGGGGUACAGUGUGCUCACUGACACGGCCAGUGCUACGUGGUGUAGGGCUCCUUCAACAACAGAAGGCACAGCAUUCAUAGAACACAUAAUGGAACGAAUCUCCCAUGUGACGAACAAAGACCACGUUGCCGUCAGACUCACAAACUUAUCGCCAAAACACGACACUCUAAGAGAGAUGAUCUCAACCUUCACAAUGACAACCUCCUUCAACGACAGAAAAGCAGAAAUUGCCAAGUUUAACAGCGAAAACGCGUGGAAGAAACGAGGACUUAAGAUAUCAAUCAUGUCUUACCCUAUAGAAUACUCCUGGAAUUACCCAGUUACAAUAUCUGUGUACCAUGGCGAUGGGACGAUUGCUAUAUCCCAUGGAGGAAUCGAAAUGGGCCAAGGAAUAAACACGAAAAUGGCGCAAGUUUGUGCUUACACGCUAAAAGUCCCCUUGGAGAAAGUUGUGAUUAGGGGUGCUGAUAGCUUCGUGUCCCCUAACGCUAUGGUGUCGAAUGGCAGUAUUACCAGUGAUUCAGUAGCUUUUGCUACAGUGAAAGCCUGUGAAGACCUGAAUAAGAGAUUGGAGGCGGCUAAGAAGGAACUGAAUGAACCGACGUGGGAGGAGGUGGUGAAAACUGCUUAUGAAAAAGGUAUAAACCUCCAAGUUACAUACAUGUCGUCACCGAACGACGGUCUGGUAGGCUACAACGUCUACGGCGUGUGUGCAGCUGAGGUGGAGUUGGACGUGUUGACUGGCAACCACAUCGUGAGCAGACUGGACUUGCUCGAGGAUACUGGAGUCAGCAUGAGUCCUGAGAUCGAUGUGGGACAGAUUGAAGGUGCCUUCAUCAUGGGCCUCGGUCUUUGGACUUCUGAGAAGCUGGUCUUCGAAGAGGCCACUGGCCGUCUGUUAACGGAUCGGACGUGGACGUACAAACCACCAGGUGCUAAGGAUAUUCCUGUGGACUUCAGAAUUAUGUUUAGGAGAAACUCUACCAAUGCUGCUGGUGUGCUUAGAUCUAAAGCGACGGGUGAGCCUGCGUUAGUACUAGCCGUAGUGGUGACACACGCGUUGCAUGACGCCAUUGAAGAAGCGCGCAUAGAGUUUGGCUACCCAGACCAGGAUUGGGUGAUUGUAGAUACUCCUUACAACGUAGAAAAUAUUCUUAAAGCGAUAUCUCCCAGAAUAGAAAGCUACAAAUUAACGUAACAACUAACCAUUAACUUUUGAAGCAAGAAGACGAACCAAGAAGAAUUAGGUAUGGAUAAGAUGGAUAGUAGUAUUUUAACUGAAAUACGU